AUGGUGAAGUUACUCAUUGUAAAAAUCAGCUCAAGUAAGGAAACUAUGGAGAAAAUGGAGAUGAUACAGAAGGUGGUGUUGAUGCCCACGGGUACCAACUUGGAAGAUAUUCAUGCUAAAGCUCUCUCAUUCAUGAAGAGAGCUCAACAUGGAUGGAUAUUGGACUCUGGUGCUUCCAAACAUGUUAUUGGUGCCCCUGAUGAGUUUAUAUCGUACACAUCAUAUCCAUCUACAUAUAAGGAGACCAUUCAAACUGCUAAUGGGACAUGUCAACCUAUCAAAGUAUCAUUAAGUGCAUUAGUUGAUCAAAUGGACUACCGAGUCUCUUUUGAUCAAGAGCAUUGUCUGAUUCAAGAUAGGAGGACAGGAAAGGAAAUUGGAAUUGGCACUAGGCAUGGUGGAUUAUGGUACCUAGACAGGAAGGAAGAUGGGCAUUUGUCAUUUGAUACUAUGGCCAAAGCAUUUCCAAAAAUAAUGAGCAAGACAGAUAAGAGGAAACUAAUAUGUGAUGCAUGUGAGUAUGGGAAGCAUACCGAAGGCAACGUUUAUACUAGAAGAAAUAAAAUGUUGGAGUGCAGACCAAUGGAGCAACAAGUUGAGCAGCCACAAUUGGUGGAGCAACAUGUUGAGCAUUCGCAACUAUUGGAGCAACAACAAUCUUCAGUUGGUGGUAUUGACAUUGGUGAUAGUGAGGUUGAGCAGUCCACAGAGACAAGGGGAGAAGUUGACUCUUCCGUUGAUUUGCCUAUUGCUCUAAGAAAGGAGGCAAAGAGUACAAUUUGA